UCAAAAAGGAGUUUCAGUUUUUGCGUAGUGAGCAGUCUUAACUUUAAGAAGUAGUGGCCACACCGAACUAUCGAACAAUGAUUUUCGUAACGAGGGAAGGUGUGUUUAUGCUGGUUUGUUGCUUAAUGCUCAGCAGCGUUAAAGCGGGAGUUCAGAAGGGAAAACUGGUCAUACUGAAGAAUGGCGAUUUUCUCUGCGAAUCAGUGUCAUUUAACAACAGUUUUCCGAGUGGAACCUCCGUGAGAGUGUUUGCUUCAAUCAAUCAUGGAAAUGAGUCUGUAAGAGUACAUGACUCUGCUUUUAUGUGGGUAGAACAUGUAACACCAAACGGGUUCCAGGCCUGUAUCGUGCGAGGUGGCUGGGGCCACAAAGUUAACACUACUAUCGACUGGUUUGCAUUCCAAGGUUCCCAGUCUGGAGUCCAUCAUGGAGAAGCGGGUUUUAGCUUAUUUACUACUGGAACAAAGUGCAGUCAGGUUGCAUUUCCCCAGUACUUUUCAUCGGUACCGGAGGUUCAAGUGACCGUUAAACAUAAUACUCCAAACCAAAAGCAAGACGCCAUGAACGUUUGGAUUGAAAAUGCUACCACAAGUCAGUUUGAAGUUUGUUUACGAGAAUCAAGGACAUUUGACGGGCCUCACAGCAAUCUUGCAGUGACCUGGAUGGCAUACGAGCAUUUCCCAAAAUCGUGGGAAGCAAAGGAGUCAGCAGAGGUUGUGUUUACGGAAGACGAGUUACCAGCUGCUCAAAACAAUUACUCGUUGUGUAAGAAUGUCAACUUUGCUUCUCCAUUUUAUGCACCACCUGUAAUACUCACUACCGUUAGCAAUGGUGGCAGAAGCGAUGCACAAUGUUCGGUGAAAGGUCCUUUAGGCAGCUGGCUGGAGGAAAUAACGACCUCCUACUUUCGAGUCUGUAUCAAGGAUGACGCCGGCUACGAUGGUCCAAGGGGCAUUGUAGUUGUAGACUACUUAGUUAUAGGAGAUCUUGAUCCCUGUACAAACGUGACCUGUGAGUACCACAGCCACUGUAUAUCAUUGACUCCGCACCGGUAUGCUUGUGUUUGUGAAGAAAACUGCCCGUCAUAUGAGGAACAGGUCUGCGCCUCAAACGGUCGCACAUUCGACAAUUUGUGUUUGCUACGGCAAGAAAUCUGCCUAACCCGUGCAAAUUAUACCGCAUAUCAUCCUGGGAGCUGCACAGGUUUUCCCUUUCAAAAAGGAAGACAUCAACUUCCAAACAUCCCAUCCUAUGCCGAGGAUCAGUGUGCAGCCAUCAAGUUUAAACCUUACAUAUUUUAUCCUCAUAAGAAAAUCUACGUACAGCUGACUGUUAACCACGUGAAUUACUCCGAUGCAACCUUCGUGCACGAGGCCACUAUACCUUGGGUUGAAAACGUCAACGUCAGUCAAUUCACUGCCUGUGUUACUCGAGCUGGUAGGAAUGACUAUCCUUCAGAUAGCUUCGCCACAGUUGAUUGGAUAGCCUAUCAGGGUGCGCCGUCUGGGGGAGUGACAGGCGAAGAAAAGUUCUCUCGAUGGUGGACUGGGACCAUCUGUCAAACAGUCACCCUUCCAAAUGGAAAGUAUUCUAGCUCGCCGACAAUAUUUGCAACAGCCGUGCACCACAGGUCGGGCCUUAAGCACGACGCGGCCAGUGUGUGGCUUGAAGAUGUGUCAGCAAGUUCUUUUAAGAUUUGUCUCCGGGAGCUUCAAAAUUUUGCAGGUGUUCAUGAUGAAAUCUUAGUGAACUGGCUGACCUUUGACUCUCUUCAUAGACCGCUUUUCAAAGAGCAUAGCAAUGUCAGCUUUCAAAAUGACGUCUUGCCUGCUAAGAAUCAUAACUUUGCCUUCUGUGAGGAUGUUAACUUCAUCCGGAGCUACAGCAAAUCCCCAAUAGUUAUGAUAACGGCUACACAUUCCAUCGGUGCAGGAAGUGUAAAGGCAGAGUGUAACGGAAUUGUAAGCUGGAUUGAGUAUAUCACCAACUCCAAAUUUCGGAUUUGCGUCAAAGAGCUAUUUGUUCAGCAUUUUGAUCCACUGGAUGUCUCAUAUGCAGUACUAGCGGACGGUUGCCAAGAUGACUGGACCUAUUUUAAGGGAUAUUGCUACAGGAAAGUAUCUUCCUGUGACUCAUGGAGUGCCAGCCAAGGCACAUGCGCUACACUGGGAGCUAAUCUUCCUAGUAUCCACAGCCAGGAAGAAAAUGUUUAUAUUCAAAGUCUACAUGGCGGAGAACAUUCUUGGCUGGGCUUGUCUGAUGUGAACACCGAAGGAACAUUUGUCUGGAGCGAUGGAACGUCGUUUGACUUCCAACAUUGGGCGAAUAGCCAACCAAAUGACUUUCAUAAUGAAGACUGUGUUCAUACUCUUGGUUUCCUCAAGGGUCAUCAGUAUGAAUGGAACGAUGUGAAUUGCACAGACUGUCACAGAUUUACCUGCAAGAAAGAUCACGAUGAAUGUGAAGACUUCGCGUACGAUUGCCCAGCGAUGGCUUCCUGCGUAAACAGUGAAGGUUCUUACUCUUGUCAGUGCCCUGUUGGAUAUAGACUGAAUGGAGGAGACUGCACAGAUGUUGACGAAUGCAGGUUGGGUUCCUUUAAAUGCCAUGGCCGAGCUGCGUGUACGAAUGUCGCUGGUUCUUACACCUGUAGAUGUUUGCCAGGUUACACAGGGGACGGGGUCGUUAACUGUGAAACACUUUCCCUCACGGCAGAUAGCUCAUGUGUGCUGCAGAAACAAACCAGCUUAAAUGGAGUGAUACGUCCAAGUCAGAGCUCACAAUACAGCAAUGAUAUGAAUUGCCAAUGGAAUUUCUCUACAAAUGCAUUCGUGGAACUUGCGUUCUUUAGGUUCGACACAGAGACCUCUGCCGAUUUCGUGAAUGUGUACGAUGGAGGAUCAUCGUCUUCUUCCCUGAUUGGACGACUUAGUGGUUCUUCCCUUCCAGCGACCAUUACAAGUUCAUUAGGCAGACUGUAUGUGAACUUUGCAUCAGAUAGCUCGGGAAAUUACGACGGAUUUGUCGCAGCAUACCGAGCUGUCACAGAUGGUACCAUCCGUAUUAAUGGAAGCACACCGACUACUGGACGAGUUGAAAUCUAUUACAAUGGCGAGUGGGGCACGAUCUGUGACGACGCGUGGGAUAUAGAUGAUGCUAAAGUAGUUUGCAGACAGCUUGGUUUCAGAGAAGCAUUACAAGCCUAUAGCGGUGCCACCCAUGGGCAAGGAACGGGUCCGAUAUGGAUAGAUGACGUGGCUUGUUCAGGAAGCGAGUCUCACCUCUAUGACUGCAGACAUCGUGGAUGGGGAAAUCAUGAUUGCACUCACAGCAGAGACGUCAGUGUAAAGUGCGCUUCUAAUGUUCGCUUGGUAAAUGGUGGCGACAACUAUGGCCGCGUUGAAGUUUAUCAUAACGGGCAAUGGGGCACGGUUUGCGAUGAUCAUUGGGAUAUCAAUGAUGCUAAUGUGGUUUGCCGUGAGCUCGGCUACUUCAGCGCCUCAUCAGCACCUCAGAGUGCAGCGUACGGUCAGGGAUCUGAUCCUAUCUGGUUGGAUGAUGUUGCCUGCCAUGGAGGAGAGGCUUCGCUUCAUGACUGCGCCCAUUACGGAACAUGGGGAGUUAGUGGUCAGUGUAGUCAUAGCGAGGAUGCAGGUGUUGUUUGUAAUGCAUAAAUGUCUCCCUGGGCGGAUACUCCCUUAUAUGAGCUAUGUAGGUAUGUGCAGCCUCAAAGGGUGUUGGUUUUCAGCCGUUUUGGUCAUAAAUAGGGUAUCGAUUUUGGCUUUUUUUCUUUUUUUUUUUUUUCAAAAAAAGAGGCUACUUUUUGUAAGAUCAAUAACAAAAGCCCUUCAUGAAGCCUGAACUAGGGAAAUAAUUAUCAGGCAGGCCUGAGACAAGAUAUUGAUUUAAGGGUGAGGCGCGGGUUGUUCAGGUUGAAGAAAUCACCAUGUAGUGGAUACAUAGUUUGCUGUGUUAACACUUAUCCACUGGAUAGUGAUUUAUCCUGUAAAUAGCGUAAUCCGGCCUUCGAACAACCGGGUCCGUUUCUCGAAAGCCCAGAAACCUUUCGGGCCCGCAAAGCCAUUUUUAAAUAAUCUGUAUCUCAAAACCGAGAAGUGUAUACCCCUGAAACUCCUCGUAUGAAGAGAACCUCUGGUCAUAUUAAGAAUAUGUGAAUAAAACAGCUCUGUAACCACAAGGUUUGAGAUUUUGCAAUAGAGUAUCGAAUUUUUAGUCAGGUAAUAAAUAGAGUAAGGAAAAUCACAGAUUUUGUCUUAAAUAGGGUAAGAGUUUUGGGAAGCGGGCCGCACACCCCAUCCAAUUUUUCUGGGAGUAUCCCCCGAGAAAUGUCUACAAAUUUUACCAAGGGGCUCUUGAUUUUACCCAAAAUAUUGAGGUGUUAAUUUUCUUUCAAAAAUGAGAUCUCAAUAGCUGCAAACAAACAUUAAUCAACGCUUAAUUUUAUAGCAGUUUGUACUGGUGUUUAAAUUCGAUUAUUACCUACGCGUGUCGCCUAAUGGCUAUAAUUGACGUUUCAUUUUAGUAAAAUCAAGGCUUAGAGACAUAAUCUGCAGUACCGCAGAAUUCCGAGAGUAACGGCCCCCGUUACUUUCAGAUUUCGCAGGCAAAAGGGGCAGCUACUUUCGGGUAGCCGUAUCUUUCGGAUGAUUCAAAAACCGUUUGUACGCGGUAACAGUCGUUUCAGACAAAGCGGACACGUACUAAAAAAACACAUGAAAUUUACAGUUCCGUUUAUAUAUGGUCCUGACUACCCACAUAACCAAAGCAGACUGUAUCAACAAAAAAGGCCCGAAACGUUUUUACUGUAGGCCGAAAGUAUAAUGAUCCUAAUAUAUCGCAAUACAACUGAUUACACUAUGUGACAUCAUUUGUCUCUGCUGCUAGACAAAUACAGCUUAUAAAUCACAGUUUCAAGAAAACUUGAGUUAAGUUCGAAAACUCUUCAAGUUGCACAGUCCUGCAGUCAGGCUGUUUCAUCCUCAUUGCGCUUGAGAACAGAGUUUCUCUUUAGCUGGCUUUUUCAAAGGGCCGCUACUUUAGGGUGGGCCGUUACUUUCGGGUUUCAAUAGAAAGGAACCAUCUUUUUCGGGGGGACCGUUACUUUCGAAAUUCUACGGUAUCAUAUUUUUUUAUAACAGUCGGUAUAAAAAAGCAUAACUAGCUGAAACAACUGUUUUCGUUAGGUAGUACAACACAGUCGGUUACGAUGUACGUGGGCGCUGCGUUUAGUGCUUCAUUUUAAAUGAACAUUGUGAAACCUACUUGAGCGGCAAUACCUGGGAAUCUUACUUGCGGACAAGUUUUGAUAUGUCCCAAACUUUGAAGAGGAAUUGUCAUAGAUAUCUCAGAAAACAAAUGGGAUUUAAAGCCGAAAAAAAAAAAAGAUAAAAAAAAAAAAGAUAGGAAAAAUCCUUUAUUAUAUGAGGGAUAUAGUUUUUUUUGUUGAAGCUACGAUAUUGUACAACGCUGCCUAUCAUUGGUAAAAUAAAAUGUCAUUGCCGUGUAUCGGUUACUCCAUCA